UGCGGUUCUGAAAAACCUUUACAGAGGCGCAAAAUCCCGGAAAAUGAGAGGCUAACAACGAACGACCGGUGAGGCACCAUGUGCGAAAAUGGACGAAGAGGCGGAAACGUGACGCCGGAAGCGGGUCAGAGGCGCGUUUACGGACCAUCGUGAAAUCGCAAAGUUGUAAAACAAAUGGAGGAGCGACAACAACGAAUGCUCAAUUAGAUUUACUGCAUCGAGAUGAAUACAGAUCGAACGGUAGUAGAAGCUACUUUUGCUAGCAACAUAAGGGGAGUCACCUGCCAGUAAAUUGUUGAAAACUACUUCUUUUUUAGAGUUACUCGCAAUAUGUCUCAAAUACUGACUACAAAAUUGCCACAUGAAAGUAAUUCACUUUUUAUCCAUUUACUUUUAUAAAGGUUUUUUGGUUUAGCUAUAUGAUUUUCGCUUUUGAUGAAUUUCAAUAUCGACGAUUCGAAGGUUUGAGUUAGUUAUCGUGACGUGAGCUCCAAACUUGGUGUAUGUUGGGUUUUCCCGGCCAUUCUUCAGUAUGGAUGGAGACUGUGUGUCUCUCCUGCCGCGGGUCUGUGACGUUCUGGCGGCCCCGAGAAGCUCUUUGCCCGAUGAUACAAGCCUGGAAAAACUGCUGGACUGGUUCACAACAUUCAGCAAAUCGGGCGUGUCUCUGCUGGAGGUCAACCCAUGUCUGCAGGGCUUCAUAUCAACUGUAGUUUCCAGCAGAGCUGCAGAGUCCAGCAUCAUCUCCUUUGCCCUCAAACUCACUGGUUUAGUGGCUGCUGCUGAGGAUGGCUUCAGAGCUCUCCAGGCGAACUCUGUCCUGGACCUCGCCUUUAACCCUCAGCACUGGCGUGAAGAUGGACUUUGGGAUGAUCCUUGCGUCCGCAUCGGCUGGAUUCAGGGCUUCAGCACAAUGCUGCAGCACAGACAGGCUUUCAGUUUCUUUGUUCAAGCAGACUCCAUCAAGCCCCUCCUUCAGCUCCAGACAGACACAAGCUUAUUUGUGGCUUCAGCUGCCAGUCAGAUGCUCGCUCACGUCCUGAUGCUCUCCCACCCUCUUUUGUCCGGCUUCAAUGGAAAAGAAGUCGAUGACAAGAGUUCAAGCUCCUCCAUCACAGGCUUGAUGCGCCCAGCGGUCAUUGAAGCAGACCAGGACGUUGCUGCUGUUGUCACAGAAAUCUUAGAGUACCUCAAGACACGGAUGCUGCCCAAAGAAUCAUCACAGCUUCAUCAAAGUCAGCAGAUCCUGAAGCUGCUAGCCCUAAUUCUCAGCCAGGCUGGACCUUCACUUCGGGACAAGCUACUGCUCUUUCUCAGGGAACCUUUGGAGGAACUGGUGGCCUUAAACUACAGCCAACUCACUCGUCCACUGAUGGAUGUUAUUCUAGCUGCAUAUAGCUCCAUUAGAGGUGAUGAAAAGGUCCCUGAUCCAAUCCUCUGUCAUCUUUUGUCAGUCAUGUUAAACCAGAGAAAGCCAUUUGACCGGAUCCACGCUGCAGCUGCUUUUCUCUGCAGCGGCCACGACAACCAAAUCCACAUGGCGCAGUCUGCAUGUAUUCUCUUGCUUCCCAUGGAGAUUAUCACUGGUCUUACUUUGUUAGAGGGAAACUCCACAGUGAAGGAGCAUCGUUUGUUGAUGAUGGAGCAGCUUCAAAGUAAAAUCUCCUGCAUUUCCAUGAUUUGCAUCAGCCUAAAACACAUCCCAAAGAUCACGCUCAUGGCUCCUGACUGCCGGCCCUGUCCUCCUGCUGUAGUCGUGGCUGCAGUGUUGGCAUUGUUGAGGCUGUGCAGGGGCCUUUCUCCUCCCUCGUUGAAUGGCUGUGUUGCAGUUUUUAGAAAUGUGACUGGGAGUGGGAAAGUUCAGAAAUGUGCCCUGGAGGCUCUUUCAGCACUCAGCAGCAGCUCAGAAGUGUCAGUCAUGCUGGUUGAGGUUUUCACCCUCCUGAUAGAGUACCUGAACCAUCCUGACUCUGACCCCACUAUGCUGCAGAAGUCAUACCAGGCUCUGGUACAGUGGAUUGGUGUUUGCUCAAAUCUAUCCUCCAUAACAAACCAGCUCAAAGAAGAUCUUACUCAGGUGGUGAGGAAGCGUGCGUGCGACAUGCGCUGGGAGGUGAGGGACUCCACUGUGGAGUUUUUGGGCCACUUAGCUGGGCUGCCCGCCUGCAGGACGGAGGUCGGUGGAGCGUGCAACGCCGCCGAGUAUCUGCUGGGAGGCUGCUGCGUUACGACUCCUCUCCUCGUGGAGGCGCUACAUGACCCAGAGAGUUAUGUGAGGGCCAGCGCUGUCUCUGCUCUGGCUCAGACUAUGACUCAUAGCUGGCAAGAGGGGGUGGUGCCCACAAAGGAGCAGGCUGAAAUAGUGACCCAGCUGCUGGAAAUGCUCUCACAAGACACUGAGGGGUUUGCCAGGAGAGCCGUCCUGCAGUACUUCAUCACCUGGUUCUCCUCUCAUCCCUCAUGCACCUCCUCCCCUCUCCUAAUGCAGUCUGUGCGCUCUGUCCUCUUGCAGGGCAGCGCCGACCUGGACUGGGAGGUCAAAGUUCACACCCUGGAUCUGGCGGAGCUGCUAAUGGACCAAGCCUUUUUAGGUCAACAUGGUUACACAAAAGGAUUAGAAAGUCACCCUGCACAACCACACCCUUAUGCUGCGACGGCUAAACAAGCUUACACACUCACACAGCGCUCAGAUUUGCUCUGUGCGUUGGACGGUUUGGUCAAACAGGGACUUCUGUCGGUGUUGUUGAGUGGUUUAUUUGACUGUGACAGACCCGUGGGUCUGAAGGCAUGCCGGCUGCUGAUCCGACUCAAACACGUUCUGCUUCUAAAGACCCAGGAUGAAAGUGAUGCUGUGAAAACAGAUCCAAGACUUUACUGCGAGUUGCUAAGUCAGGGCUGGGCGCAAGAGAUCAGAAAUGUACUGGGAACGGAAGAUCGGAGCAAUGAAACAGAUCCUCACACUGUUACCGUUAACGUGUGCAAUCUGGUGACAUCUCUGGAUCUAGAGGAGAGGCUGGACGUCCUGACUCGAAGCAGUGAUCAUUUCUACAACUCCCCCCGCUCUCUGCUGCAGGAUAUAUUGACUGCAAGCGCUGCUCACGCUCAGCAGGACUCACAGCUGAAGGAGGAGGUCAUAGUGGACUGCUAUUGAGACCUGAACCCACAUAGAUGUUUGAGAAUGCUCUCUAAGCACAUGUUUGGAAGCAAUCAGUCACAAUAGACAUGAAGUUUCAGUUUUUCACUGUUUAAAAAUGAGAUAAAUAAACAUGGAGCUACUCAUAUUGCUUUGAGAACAGCUGUUUUAUACAUUAAACUCAAAUAGAAUAACAGUCAAAAGUGGGAAAAGCAUAGAACUACACAGAGCAAUGAUGAACCAUAAAGGAAGGAAUCAUCUUCACACAUCUAUCUGUCUUUCUAAAGAAUAAAGAUUACCUUUGGACGGUAUUGAAACAAAAAGGCA